AUGCAACCGAGGCGUGGAGAGCGCCAUCCUCCGUCAGCGGGGACUUAUGAGCCCAAACAUCGUCGCAAUUACAGAGGUGAGUGGAUGUAGGCCAGCGGAAUGGGUCGCCAUGCAGGCGCGUAUUCCCAAGUCCUGCCCUUCUACUGCUCUUGGUUGCUUGACUCAUCCAGCGUAGUACCGCUCUGUCGGCCAUCAUACAGGCUACGUCCCGAAUCCCGGAGACGAGGUGGCGCACGUGCCCGCUGGCAUCUCACCAGAUCAGCUAUGGGAAGGCUUCAUUUCGCAGAGGAGACCAUGCGUCAUCGAUGGGCCUAUCCAGGAUGCCGAAUUCAAAGCUGUCGAUUGGGUGAGUAGGCGCCCGACCGCACCAAGCCGCACAGCAUGAAGGUCAACGGGCGAUGCUGACAUCGCAAGGCCUGUCCAUCACAGACUGACUUGGACAGACUCAAGCAGAGAGCUGGGUCCAGCAGAGUCAAGAUUGAGCCAAUCCAUCCUUCCGGCAGGUUCGGCACCGCGAUGGAGAGACAAAAGGUGCCGUUUGGAUUGUACCUGGACAUGAUGCAGGAUUCAGAACUAGCAGGCAGCUACUAUCUCACCACCCAAUACGAGAGCGAAGAUGGCGAGGAUAGCCAGGACGAGGAGGAUGAGGCAAGCCGAGAGGCAGUAGAGGAUGCAACGCGAUUGCUACGAGCAAAGUCUAGCAAUGAUGAGCGAGCCGGCAGGCUCAAACGCCCCAGGUCGGCCAGUGCUGAGUCAGAGCGUGAUAGUGAUGUCGACCAUCGGCCGACCAAAGUGCGCAAUCGCACAGAUUCUGUCCCUGCCAGGCGGACAUCGCACACCUCAGCUUCGUCAGCACUUCAAACCUUGUCACCUGACUCAGAGACCUCGUCGAGCUCAAGCUCGUCUGCUCCGACCUCUUACACUGCGGAUGAAUCCGUCGAAGACUUGGACCCGCCCUUGCCACCUCCAAUGUCCGCACUGGCCGGUGGCUUACCACUGCCUGUACCCAAGAUCUUGGGAGGGCUGGUUCUGCAGCAGUGCAACAUGUGGAUGGGCGCUUGUACUGAGCCAAAAAGCUCUGGGCUGCAUCAUGACCAUCACGAUAACCUCUACAUGCUAGUGAGUCGAACCACGCGCAACACGACCGCUAUGAUGCUGCAUGCUUGAUGCAGGCUUGCUAAUUUGAGUCUUGGCCGCCGGCAGCUCUCGGGUAGGAAGCGCUUCUUGCUCUGGCCACCUAUUGCACACUUUUGGCUGCAACCAAGGGGUCGCCUAGAGGGCAUGCACCAGAACGGUCUUUUGACAUACGUGCCUCGCGGCGAGUUGCCAAGCUGGCACGCUGCCUCCAACAGACAACAGCUUCGCGCUGAUGGCUUGCCAGAAGCUGAAUCUGCUCACUGGAGGAUCAAAGCGCGUGAGAGAGCGCUCGAGGAGGCGAAUGAGAGAGCAGCGCAAUUGUCUGGCGAAGCGCACAGACCGGCGAGCAGACGCAAGGGAAAGGGCAAACAGACCCCUGAGCAGGUGUUGGCGAUGGAACGACUUGCUGCUGCGAGGUUGCAUCAGGAGUACAUUCGUCGUCUAGAAAGCGGCGACAGCUUUGUGAGCAGAGAGGAUGAAAGGGACGUGGAAAGCGAUCUGGAGGAAGACGAGGUGUCGUCGCAGAGUGUAUCGCCGACGGUCGCUAGGCGGGCCUUGGCAGCGCGUGCUGACGCGGAACUGGAUGAUGCAAGUGAUGACGAUGGAGGAGAGCACCUACUUGCGCAAGCUGCGCGUCUCGGAGCGCGAGAGAAUAUCGAGAAGAUGCACUACGACGCAAUAGCCGUCCCUUUCAUUGCGCAUGCUUUGGCACCAGCGGAGGAGCGCAUUGGUCUGCCUCCUCUCAUCCCACACGAGGUCAGAAAAUCGGACGGGACACGAGACGACUCUUCCGAUAUAUCAGACGCAUCGAUAGAUCAACGAGAGCUCAACGCAGCCUUCUUGGAACCGUUGCUCGAAGCGGUUCGUCGUGCUGGCAACACUGCUUUGGAUCUUGACACUGCAAUGAUAGCCAUUAGACAAGGCUAUCAAGCAGUGGGACUCAGUGCCGAGGGGCUUGCGCUAGAGGACGACAGCGACGAGUCAGGAUCGGAUGACGGCGCCUCCCAGAUGUCUGAACCUAGGCCCUGCCGCUCCUCCCCACUCCGCAUUCCGCCGGGCAUGCUUCCAGGCGGGCUGUUAGGGCGACCUGAUGGGACUGGUGGCGAUGAAGAACACGAGUUUGAAGAGUAUGACGACUAUCUCGCUGAGGCACAAGAAACCGUCCAUCCACGAGACAUUGAAGCCAUGCUUGGAAGGGAGCUAGGCUCGGGAGCCGAGCAGGGUCUCCUCGAUGCGGACGACUUAGAUGAUACAGCGCUCGAGCAAGCGAUGUUUGCGGAAGCGCAAGCUCACCCUGAACAACGCGAAGCUCUCGUAGCCAGACUACACGAGAUAGCCACCGAGCAAUCGGCGAGUGUCGCUCAGUCCCGUUCAGAUUUAGCAAGUUCGGGAGGGGAAAGUGAGGAGUCCGAGAUAGGCUCUGAUAUCGCCGAGGAAGGGGAUGACGAAGGUGCUGUGUUGGGCAUGGCGUCAGAGCAGCAAGACGCGAUCAGGGAGCAGCACCUUGUCCAGCAGCUCAAGUAUGGGCUUGCAAAAUCCGACUUUGCUUUCCUGGACGAGGUCAUGGACGAUGCGCAAGCUUUCUGCAUUGCACGAAGUUCUGCGCAGCUGCCUAUUACGGACGAUCUGCGUAUCUUGGUUGCUGCGGUGCUGCAGAUAGGCGCGAUGGAGGAUGCCACUGAUGAAGACGAAAGGGGGGCAGAGACUACAUCCGAAGCGUCUGCCGAGUCAGACGACGACUUGCAAAAUGGACCCAACAGCUUCAGCUCGAUAGAUCCGGGCGCUCUUCACGCAUACUUUGGAAUUCCCGAUGACCCAAAGGGAGUAGUCUCACCUGCAAACGUACCUCCUGAGGCGCUGGGUCCAAGAGCUGGCUGCCCGGCCCCCCUCGUUGUCGACUUGAAGCCGGGUCAGAUGCUAUAUUUGCCCGUCAGCUGGUGGCAUGAAGUGACAAGCUGGUCCGACGAGGUAUCAAACGGUUCGACAGGCGCGCCGAGUGGAGAUGGCCAGGAUGACGAACGACGCAUCGUGCCGCAUCAAGCCAUCUCAUGGUGGGUUCAUCCCCCUACUGCACUGAAAGAAGGGAUCGCCAUGCCACCUCUUUGGACCGACGAGACGCAAGAUGCAGGCGCUACAGGUCACAAGAAGGCAGACGGCAAGCCCAACGGUGGCGCGGGAUCUGCAGGAGCGGCACAAGCUAGCAAUGCGCCAUCACCUGCAAGCAGGACGGUCGGGACUUCAGCACAACCUUAUGUGGACUUUGAAGUGUGGGAUGAGAUCAGACGAGCCGUAAACGCCUUCAUCAAGAAAUCUCGCGCAGACGCCGAAAGAGAGGCGAUCAGGGCGAAAGCAGAAGACGAAGAAGACGUUGUCUUCUAG